AUGAAAACGCUAACCCUAUUCUUGUGUUUAUGUACAAUUCUUCUAGCUCGACAAGUGGAGGAGAGAAGAGACUACCCAUCUAUUGAUUAAUAAAAAGAUAAAGUUAGUGAACUUGAGGAAGCUAUGGUAUUUGGAGAAACUGCAGCUGCUGCUGCAACAUAGUCAGGUUAAACCUAACCUACUACAAAUAAAACUCCAACGGCUGAAUAAACCAAGCCAGGCACAAAAUCUGAUUCAAGUGAAGGAAAAAAUGAACCUCCUAAACCUGAAUCAGGUAAAACAUAAGGCCAAACAGAUACAAAAGGAGAUUAAAAUAAAACCCCAUCCAAAGACAGUAAUCCAAAAUCUGAUUAAGGUUAAACUGAAUCCAAAGGUAAGUAAGACACAACCCAAGAUAAAAAGCCUAAAACUGAAGAAGGAGAAGAAGAAAGUGAUAAUGAUAGCGAAAAAGACAGCGAAAGUGAAAGUGAUAAAGAUAGCGAAAAAGAGAGUGAUAGCGAUAGCGAAAAGGAGAGUGAAAGUGAUAGUGAAAAGGAGAGUGAAAGUGAUAGCGAAAAGGAGAGUGAAAGUGAUAGCGAAAAGGAGAGUGAAAGUGAUAGCGAAAAGGAGAGUGAAAGUGAUAGCGAAAAGGAGAGUGAAAGCGAAAGCGAUAGUGAUAGCGAAAAAAACAGUGAUAGUGAAAGUGAUAGCGACAGUGAUAGCGACAGCGAUAGCGACAGUGAUAGCGACAGUGAUAGCGAUAGUGAUAGCGAUAGCGAUAGUGAUAGCGAUGGUGAAAGUGAUAGCGAAAGUAAUAAUGAAGGCGAAGAAGGUGAAGAAGGAGGAGAAGGAGGAGAAGAUGGUUAUGGAGAAUUAGCUGAAGAAGGUGAAGAAGGUGAAGAACCUGCUGAUUUCAAAUAAUGCUUAGAAUGGGAAUGCACUAGCUAGGUGAAUGCCUGUGCUAAAGAUUCUGGUUGCGUACCUGCUAUGUAAAAUUGUAAAUCUGUUGCAGAUGAUGAGGGUAUCUCAGGAUAUGUCUCUUGUUUAUCUGACAGUAAAACAGCAUUCAAUCUAUAUAGAUGCAUAAAUGAUGAAUGUAUUGAUUAUUUGGAAUGAAUUGGGAAAUGAUUUAUUAUUAAUAAAAUAAGUGAUUGGAAAACGUUAUUAAUAGUUAACCUAUUUUUCUAA